CACCUCGAGACAAUCUUCAAAACUAGGGAUAAACUCACCCAAAAUACGCGGUGAACAUCAUGCACAAGCCUGUACAAUCCGAUUACCUAAGUGGCAGCCUUUGGUCCCUUUCCGACUAAAUAAAAUAGGAUCUGUUUCUUUAGAAAUCAGGAUACAUAUUUCUUUUUCAAAAGUUUGGUCCAAAGUUGAGCUUUGUUCUAAUGGCGACGGAGGAGGAUGUCAAACGCAGGGCCGCCACUUCCGAAUAUAAUAAGAAGCUCCUUCAGCAUCGGGAGCUUGAAUCUCGGAGCAGGAAAGUGAAGGAGGAGCUGAGAAGUGCAAAAAAAGAUUACACUAAAACAGAGGAUGAUCUUAAGUCUCUUCAGAGCGUUGGACAGAUCAUUGGAGAAGUUCUUAGGCCUCUUGACGAUGAGCGAUUAAUUGUGAAAGCUAGUAGUGGACCAAGAUAUGUGGUUGGUUGUCGUAGCAAAGUAGACAAGGAGAAACUAACUUCUGGAACACGAGUUGUUCUUGAUAUGACUACCCUCACUAUAAUGCGUGCUCUUCCUCGUGAAGUUGAUCCAGUUGUAUACAAUAUGCUUCAUGAAGAUCCUGGGAAUAUAAGUUAUUCUGCCGUGGGAGGGCUGUCUGAUCAAAUCCGUGAGUUGAGGGAAUCCAUCGAGCUUCCACUAAUGAAUCCCGAGCUUUUCAUUCGGGUGGGAAUUAAACCUCCAAAGGGUGUUCUUCUCUAUGGGCCUCCAGGGACUGGUAAGACAUUGUUAGCUCGAGCUAUAGCAAGUAAUAUAGAUGCCAAUUUCCUAAAGGUUGUAUCGAGUGCAAUCAUAGAUAAAUACAUUGGUGAAAGUGCAAGAUUGAUCCGUGAAAUGUUUAAUUAUGCUAGAGAACACCAGCCCUGCAUCAUCUUCAUGGACGAGAUUGAUGCUAUAGGAGGUCGUCGAUUCAGUGAGGGCACAAGUGCUGACCGUGAAAUUCAACGAACCCUCAUGGAACUGCUAAAUCAGCUUGAUGGAUUUGAUCAACUGGGCAAGGUCAAAAUGAUCAUGGCAACAAACAGACCAGACGUGUUGGACCCUGCACUUCUCCGUCCAGGGCGUCUAGAUAGAAAGAUCGAGAUUCCAUUGCCAAAUGAGCAAUCAAGAAUGGAAAUUCUUAAAAUUCAUGGUGCUGGGAUUGCCAAACAUGGUGAAAUCGAUUAUGAAGCAGUUGUUAAGCUAGCAGAGGGAUUUAAUGGGGCUGAUCUACGGAACAUUUGUACUGAAGCUGGCAUGUCUGCUAUACGUGCAGAGAGAGAUUAUGUGAUUCAUGAAGAUUUUAUGAAGGCUGUUAGAAAGCUAAAUGAAGCAAAAAAGCUGGAGUCAAGCGCUACGUAUAGUGCAGAUUUUGGAAAGGACUAGAAAUAGUAUUUCACUCUUUUGGUUAUUUUUUUGUUGUAUCAUGAAAUUUCAAGGUGUAACUAUGUUGUUUUUCCCUGAAGUCAUUAGCAUCAAGAUACUCCUGAUUCCUUUCCUUUACUCCUCCAUGAACCAAACGCCAGCAUACAAACUAAUACAUAUAGUGGCAGGACACUUGGUUCCAUUUUCACUAAA